UGGUGCAGGGUGUUUAUAGAGCAUGGUGUGGCCAGAGAGGAGAGUCGUCUGCACAAGUGAGCUCACCUUUUCUCCCAGAACCCAGAGAGGGAGGAGACAGAAGGAAUUGUUGUGGUUGCGAGUUCCUGAGCUAGGCGUCACGGAGGCCUAACGCACAUAAGGUGAAAUACGAAGCAGCACUCUGAAGCCCGGGCACCCGACCCCGCGGCCCGACCCCGCGGGGCUUAGCUCAGCCUCAGCGAACCCCACGCGACUCGGCGCUCCUGGGCUGGCUGCGGUGCUCUGGUCUUAGAACCGUCUUCUACUCGGGCCAGAAUGCUGUGCCAGGCACUUUGCAGAUUUGGUAAAAAGCUGGUACGUAAGCACACACUGGAGCAAUACGUGGCUAAGAUUUCUGCUGCCGGCAGCCUGCGCACCGUGGACAUAGUGGCCCUGGGCGUGGGCAACACGGUGGGGGCCGGCGUGUAUGUGCUGGCGGGCGAGGUGACCAGCGACAGGGCAGGCCCGGCCAUCGCCAUCUGCUUUCUGGCGGCCGCCCUGCCCUCUGUGGUGGCCGCUGUGUGCCACGCGGAGCUGGGCGCCCGGGUUCCCCAGUCGGCCUCUGCGUAUCUGCACAACUACGUGACCGGGGGCGAGCUCGGGGCUUUCCUCACCGGCUGGAGCCUCAUCCUCUCCGGAGUCACCGGGGCAGCCAGCAUGGCCCGGGCCUGGAGCUCAGCUUUCGACAACCUGAUGGGCAACCGGAUCUCCGGGGCCUUGCGUGAGCACGUGUCCCUGUCUGCUCCCCACGUCCUAGCAGGAUACCCCGACUUCUUCGCUGCGGGCCUCGUGCUGCUGCUCACCGCGCUGCUGGCUCUGAGGGCUAGUGAGUUCGUCCUGGCCACUACGGCGUUCACAGUGGUGAACGUCUUGGUUCUUGGUUUUGUCAUCGUCUCUGGCUUCAUUAAGGGGGACCUGCACAACUGGAAGCUCACCGAGGAGGACUACGCGUUGACCGUGUCUAGACUCAAUGACACCUCUGGCCUGGGGCCUCUGGGCUCUGGAGGGUUUGUGCCUUUCGGCUUCGAGGGGGUUCUCCGUGGAACAGCCUCCUGCCUGUACGCAUUCACAGGCUUUGACAGCAUUCUUGCUGCCGCCGAAGAAGCCCAGGACGUCCAGCGUUCUGCCCCCGUGGGCAUCGUGAUCUCCGUGUUCAUCUGCUUUCUGGUGUACUUUGGUGUCUCUUCGGCACUUACACUCCUGGUGCCCUACUAUCAGCUCCAACCCGGGAGCCCCUUGCCCGAGGCAUUUCUGCACGUUGGCUGGGCCUCUGCGCGCUACGUGGUGGCCAGUGGAGCCCUCUGUGCCCUUUCUACUGGUAUCUUGGACUCUAUGUUCCUCAGUCGCUGGAUGCUCUACGUGAUGGCCAACGAUGGCCUCCUGUUCCGUGUCCUUGCCAGGUUGUACACCAGGACGGGCAUCCCUGUCGUGGCCACGGUGGCCUUGGGCAUUAUCACAGCUUUCGUGACACUCCUCUUUGGACUCACUGACCUUGUGGACCUCAUGUCCAUUGGGACCCUGCUUACUUACUCCCUGGUGGCUCUCUGUGUUCUCAUCGCCAGGUAUCAGCCCGAAAUGAAGGAUGAAGAUGAUGAAGCAGGGGCACAGCAGGAGGACGGACCCGCAGCAGAGAAGCUGACCCUGCGGGGACUCUUUUGUCCAGGCAGCCCCACGCCCACUGCACUCUCCGGCCUGGUUGUCUAUGUCUGCUCCUCGCUGCUUGCUCUGCUGCUGACUCUUCUUGGCCUGGUGCUGGCUCAGUGGCCAAUUCUACUGCUUUCUGGAGACCCAGGGUGGAUCACAGCGGUUGUGCUGCUCCUGGUGCUCAUUACCGGGAUCACUGGGGUCAUCUGGAGACAGCCACAAAGCUCCACCCCCCUUUACUUUAGGGUACCUGCUCUGCCUCUCCUCCCACUGAUGAGCAUCUUUAUGAAUGUUUACCUUAUGAUGCAGAUGGCCGCUGGCACCUGGGCCCGAUUUGGUGUCUGGAUGCUGAUUGGGUUUGCUAUCUACUUUGGCUAUGGGAUCCAGCAUGCGUUGAUUAAACCCACUCUAGUCAGGCCCCAAACUGAGGACCUUGAACUCAGCAGCGCCAGUACAUAUUCGAUUUGACAUCUUCACACCUGAACGCUGCCUGGUCUCCCUGCCCUAUAACGGAGAGUACUCUGGAGCACACAGAAAGCCAGCCCUCCCGUGGCAUGUUGGGGGGGAAACACUAAUAGAGCUCUGUGUUUAUUGUGGAGUGAAGGAUGUGUCUUUGCUCUUUCUCAUCUUUUUUUUUUUUUAAUUUAACUUGUCUACUUUUCACUUGUGUCUACUUGCUGAAUUUAAAAAAUUGUUAUUAAAAGAAACUAGAAAAAAGUGUUUUCAUUUCCUUUGGGUAAAUAGCUUGUGGUGGAAUUACUGGAUCAUAUGGUAAUUCUAUUUUUAAUUUUUUGAGGAACCUCCGUACUGGCUUCAUAGUGACUGUACCAACAGCCACCAACAUUGCAUGAUGGUUCCUUUUCCUCCACAUCCUCACCAAUACUUGUUAUUUUUGUCUUUUUGAUUUUAGCUAUGCUGACAUGUAUAAAGCCAUAACUUAUUGUAGUUUUAAAUUGUAUUUUCCUGAUGAUGAAUCAUGCUGAACAUCUUUUCAUGUGUCUGUUUGCUAUCUGUAUGUCUUCUUUGAAAAAAUGUCUAUUCAGGUCUGCUCAUUUUUAAAUUGGAUUUUUUGGUGUUGAGUUGUGUAAGUUCUU